AUGAGCGUUAAGCAAAUAACUUCAGCUUUAGUCGGAGUUGGUCUCGGAUCGGGUGUUGCAACUUUUUUCUGGGGAAAAGGUGCUAGUGAUGAUCGUGGAUCUGUCAAGAUAUCGGCUCCGGUGCAUGAGAGGAAUAGUUCACUAGGUCAUGGUGGAAAACCUGAUGGGGUGAUUCAACUAAAGGGGUCUAAUAUUAAUCCAGCCGAGUUCUUUAAAUAUGGUUUUCCUGGUCCUGUCCACGAUCUUGAGUCUAGAGAAGAGUUUGUGUCAUGCUACGAUAGGAGAACUCGGAAUCCAUAUUGGGUUGUAGAACAUAUAACGCCAGAUUCUUUGUCUGGUAGAAAUGCUGAUAGAAAGAACUCUAUGUUCAUGGAAGAUGAGCAAAUACCCGAGAAGUUUAGAGCUAAACUCAGAGACUAUUUUAGAUCGGGAUAUGAUCGAGGACAUCAAGCCCCAGCAGCUAACGCCAAAUUUUCACAAAAGGCAAUGGAUGAGACGUUCUAUUUAACUAAUAUGUGUCCUCAAGUGGGUGAUGGCUUUAAUAGGGAUUACUGGGCUCACCUAGAAUAUUUUUGUCGAAGAUUGACGGAUAAGUAUAAUAGUGUUCGCAUUGUUACGGGACCUUUGUAUUUGCCAAAAAAAGAUCCAAUUGAUGGAAAAUUUAGAGUUACUUAUGAGGUUAUUGGCAAUCCGCCCAGUGUUGCUGUACCAACGCAUUUUUUCAAAGUGAUUGUUGCUGAAUCUCCUAUUGGAAAGGGAACCUCUGAUGAAAUCGCCGUUGGAGCAUUUGUGCUACCAAACUCACCUAUCUCAAACGAAACAAAGUUGAUUGACUUCGAGGUUCCUGUUGAUGCAGUGGAAAGAAGUUCUGGGCUGCAGUUGUUGAAUAAGUUCCCAGAAAGCAAAAAGAAAGCUUUGUGCAAAGAAGUUGAUUGUCAAAUUGUUGUUAGGGAAUUUACAAAAGCUCUGCCAAGUCCUAAACAAUAUCCAGCGUUACCUGGACCGAAAAAUUGA